AUGAGUACUCAGAUUCCCAUCGUAUAUGGCACACAAUCUGGCAAUUCCUUGCAUGUCUCACAGCUUAUAGAAUCAAAACUGGUCCAUUACAGCACAUGCAUCGUGCCAAUUGACGAAUUUUCGCUAGAGAACUUUUUGCAUGGCAAUACGUUCAUUUUCAUAUGUUCUACAUAUGGCAAUGGGGAUUUUCCAUUCGCCGCACAGUAUUUUUACAACUGCUUAGUGAAUGAGAGCAUGCCUGUUGAUUUCUUGAAAAACUGCAACAUCGCCGUCUUUGGCUUGGGAGAUAGCUCAUACGCCAAGUUCAAUUUUGCAUCUAAAAAAUUGUUCAGAAUAUUUUCUAAGCUGGGUGCUAACCUAUUUAUAGAAAGAGGAAAUGGCAAUAUGCAGGAUGAGCAAGGCUAUUACACAUCAUUGUUCCCGUGGAUCGAAAAGCUGAUCGUUAAUUUACAAAGUUUUAAUAUAAAAGGUGCCGAGCUGAUCAGAAAGGAAAAACGAGCGUAUGAUGCAACUAUAAUCGCAAAAGCUAUGCUUACACCGAGUGAUCAUUUUCAAGACAUUCUUGAAGUGGGGUUUACUGUUGAGGAUUACAAUGACUUUGAACCUGGUGAUACCAUUCUAAUCAGUCCCGCGAAUUAUAACUGGCGUGAAUUUUGUGAAUACAACGGCAACAUGUGUGAUGAGGAUUACGUAAAGAAUAGCAUGGAUUACAACUUUGUGCCCUACUUCUACGUCUUUGUCGAGAUCGUAAAGUAUCUGGAGGAUGAACCGCUAAACGACCAUUUAUUCAGAAAUCCGGAGCGUAAGGAAGCCAUAACAAAGAGAAUACGGGAAAUGAGCACAGACUACGAGUUGUACUUUGAUUAUGUUAAACGCCCGAAGCGUACUUUCUUCGAAGUAUUGUGUGAUUUCGGGUUGAAACUGCCGUUCUCAUUUUUGAGGAAAGUUAUACCGAAGAUCCGGCCAAGAUAUUUUACUCUGACCAAGAAAGGAUCGGAGUAUUAUCUCACCAUUGCGCUUGUCGAAUACCAAAACAGUAUAAAAGCAAAAAGAAAAGGAUUGUGUUCGCAAUAUUUGAAGGAAAUAAACGUGAGUGAAACAAUAAAAGUGGGAAUGAUAAAGAGCCAUCUGUUCUACGACUCAAAUAACCUUCUAUUUAUUUGUACGGGAACGGGCGUAACAUUGCCUAGAGCUUUUUGGAAUUUUAUCGGUGAUAAGAACAUAGUGGUGUAUUACGGGUAUAGACAUGAUGAAAAGGAUAGAUUGUAUGUCGAAGAGGUAGAAAAACGUAAGAAUGUGAAAAUUGUGUAUGCUCCCUCGCGUAUGGGUGAGGAGCUGUACGUGCAAGAGAUAUUUUACAAGUAUUUUAACGAUCCUAUAGACAAAUACCUGAUCUAUGUGAGUGGUAGGACAAGAUUGAACAAGGAAGUGAGGCAAAUGUUCACAAAAAAAUACGGAGAAGAACUUCAUUUUCAGGCAGAAACGUGGUGAUAGUAAUGGAUGGUUUAUAUGUGGUGCUUUGAAGAGUUCUAAGCUUUAACGUAAAGUUACUGUUGUGUUACUUGUUUUGAGAUAAAAUGGAGGCUUAGUCCAAUAUUUUCUGAUUCCUCCUCAUCUUCAAACAAGCUUUUUGCUUCUAAUCAGUAUUUGCUAUGUUAAUGAGAAUUAUCAAGCUUGUAUUAUCUCUUGAAUGUAUAAUUCCUUACUGUUCGCAGAUGUGCUAGCACAUCUCAUUCGUGCAAUACCACACACUGUUAUGAGCAAUUCAUUAAAUACCCGU